UGAACCAGUUCAGCACCUGGUUGGUAGCUGUCAGUCAGCGGGGUGAUGCUCGCCGUCUGAGAGCCGAACUGAACAGACUGGAUCUCUGUGGGUUAUUGCUUCUAAUAAGACUGGAUACCAAGAACCAUGGUGACCAAGAAAGUCAGGACAGAGUAUAUGAAGAAGUUCAGGGAUCCCAAAUGGGAGACGUUUUCCAAAUGCUAUGAGGACUCUCUAAAAUAUCGCCUGACCCGUCGAGUGAUGGAGCAUUCCCACAAGCCCUGGUUCUGGGAGGGCUGGGAGAGCGGUUCCGAUUCCAGUGGCUGGUCCACACCGAGACUAACCAGAAACAAAGUUGCUCCUCUAUCUCUGCCCCCACAGCUACCACCCUCACGCUCAGAGGUAAAACAGAAGCUGAUGGAGGGAAAGACCAGUCCUGGUUUAAAGUCGUCCUCUGAGGACAAACAGACUGAAGUGAAAACAGGAGAGUGUCCUGUUGUAGACGCCCCACCAACAGCAGCUGUUGUAGAAAAUGGUGUGAACGGGCCUGGGACAGUGACAGUGACCCUGCCUCCAGACACCAGUGGGCCCUCAGAUGACACGGCAUCAGACAACAGGCCUAACAGUUCGGAGUCAUCUGAUGGGAAGCGUGUGAAGCCAGCACCGCGACGACGCCACCGCUGUCGCACUCCUCGCUCUGUGCCAGUUCAGCGGGACAGUUCCCUCGAGGACAAACCAGCUGUGGUCCAGAAGCCACCGAGAGCCAAGAGCCAACCAGCAAUAAGCAGCAAGGGGAACUGCAGACCGUCCACCAGGACGGACUGGACCGAGAGACACAUUGAGGGCCACACGUCCGCCGCCUGUGUUCAGAGCCAGCCCAACAGGCGCAGCUCCAAUCUGGAUCGUCGGCGGGCUCGGUCGGCUGACCUGGAGAAGACACGGCGGUCGCAGCUGACAAUGGCCAACAACGAUGACCGAUGGAUGACAGAAUAUAUGCGCUGCUUUUCUGCCCGGCUCAGGUAGAGGCAGAAUCCACAAAGAUCCCUGAAAACAUGUGUUUACUAAUCAGAAGAGAGACAUGAAGAGGUGCAGAUUGUUUUCAGCUGAUUGAGCAAGACAGGCUGAGCAGCAUGUAGUCUCAAGGUGGGUUCAGUGAAGAAGUUAGCUGGGGAACUUACAAACCGGGAAGCUGGCCAAAAAUAUUCAAUUCAGUUACAGUUCAGACCUAUAUCUCUCAUUCCCCUGGCAAAGCACUCCUCUUUUUACCAACAAGUUUCUUGUGAUUGAAAGUAAUGUUUUUGAGGCGGACCAACCAGAAUCCUAACUUUAAUCUGACAGAGAAUCAUUGAAGGGAACUAAAGAUUAGGGUGAUGGUAAGGAGGCCUUCAAACGCUUGGAGCUCAUCAUCCAAGCAUCAGAGGAAACAUGCAAACCCCUGUUCAGUGAUAAGAACGGUUUGGCUCUUCUAAUCCUAAUUAAGAGGGUUCUAUUAAUGAUUCAGAAGGACAUUAAUAAUUUCCAAAAUGCAAUUUAUGAUAAAAUGAAAAUAAACACAGGUCAAUCAUUUUAAUUCAAAGGGAAUACGGCUUAUUGCCUUGUUUUAGCUUUUUGAGAGAUGCUGGUCUCAAUUCUUUUCAGAAACUAACAUUUUGGUUGAAUUAAAGAUGUAAGAGUAAAUCUACCUGGCGUAUAAAUCAGUUUUAGCUUAACUGUAGCUCUGUUUCAGUUAACAGAUUUAUGAGCUGGUGUGCAAAAUAAAUAUGAGGAAUGCAGAGAAGAGCUCUCCGAUCAGGUCAGCAGGGAUUUAGAGGAAUAAAACAGUAAUCUUUGUCCGUUUCACAUCCCUUUUUGUUAAAACAAUUAAAAUGUUCUCUCUGCUUGUAUUGCUUUUACAUUCAUCUCUGAUAAACUUAGCUUUUAGGCCGCAACACCACUUCCCCCUCUUCUUCAACGUGUCCUUCGCCUUGAAUGAUCUGUAGGUUCCUUCUGAUAAAUUCGGGGGAAUAAAGAUUCAGAGUAUCCCCCUGGAGACCACUAGCUGCCCCGGAAAACAUACAGACACAUCUGUUCACACCCCUGGUGAGGAUGUGGGAAAAUCCUCAAAAUAAAUUCAUCUUUUACUUCAGUAGCAUAAUGUUACUAUGAUUUGGUGAGGUUAUUUUAGGAAUUAACGGAUGUGUUUUGGAUCAUUGUCCUGCUGAAAGCCAGUCCUGUCCCAUUCAGUUUGUUAAACAGUCCACAAAUAUUUCUUUAAAACCUCCUGGUAUUUCCAAUAGUUCCUGAUGCGUUGCAUUCUAAAACGGUUCCCAGGGCCAGUGGAAGAGGAGCAGGCCCACAGAUCCUGCAGCAUACCAAACAGAAUACAUGAGAUGCUUUUCAACCUCUUCUUCUUUUGUUUCAAGCUAAAGAUUCAUCUUAGACUCAUUUAAUCAAAACACAGUUUCAGUUUAAAUCCCAGUAGAGGUUAGCAAAGUAUCACCCCUGAAUGACCAGUUGGAAUGUAAUACUAAUGGUGGUUAUGGUGGCCCCUAGAUGUCACCCCUUAGCUCUCUGCUCUCCAGCAGUUAGCUUUGAAGACUUUUUUUACCUCCCUUAACAUUCUGCUCAACCUGUGAGGUGGCGGAAUAAAUAUUGGCGCUUGCUCAGCCUAAUGGCCAUUGGCUAAUAGAAAUGGACCUCUUUGUCACAUAAUAUUUGUACCCCAGGGAAACAGGAUUAUUAAUUAAAAAAAGUUUCUAGAAACUAGAAAUUUGCCAUUUAUUUAAAGUAAUUGGUACCAAUAAUUGUGACGCUGGCGAUUUUGUUCAAAGCAGUUAUUUUUCAACAUGGGAAUAAAUGUACUUAGAUAAUAGGUUGGAUCUUUCUAAAAACGUCAGUGUGAGUUGAGCCUGCGAGAAGAAAAGAUGAAUCCAUUUGGAGGAUGUUUAUACACCUUCACCAGGGGCACCAGUCGGCAUGUCUGCAUCUGUAUCUGCUUCUAUACUGUUUUAAAGGAGAAACCAGAGGGAGAACUGAUCUUCUGUCACUAGUGUAUCUGAACAAUAGCAAUGAUAGCAAAAAAGAUGUGUUCCAACAACAACUCAACAUAACCCUGCUUACUUCUUCACUUCAGAGUUGUCGUGUUGCAUCAGUGAAUCCCUGCAGUUGAGGAUAAAAGCUGUAUACAGGUUUACAUGCAGACUAAAGCCCACAGAAAUACCUCUGUAGUGUAGAAAAGUAACAAACAUACAGACUGAAUAGGUCUCUACACAGCUUAGUGUUUGAAUCUCAUUUUAGGAGCCAAACAGGAACAGGUCUCUGUAAUCUACAGAUACAUGUGCAUCCUGUGUGCUUUUACCUCGAUGGCAGUGCCUCUGUGAGCAGGAUGCUGCCUGUCUCUGAGCGAGCUGUUUGAUAAUGAACAACAAAGUGGGAUUACAAUGAAGCUUUUUAAACUUAAUCUAUUCAGACUUUAAGAAAGUGCUAACAUUACUUUCUGAAUGUGCAGUAUUUUAUUUCUCACACUGCUAUACUUUUAAAAAGUCACACUUGUGUAUUUUACUCAUUUACUUCUGUCACUUAAAGGCAGCUGAGCGUUCUAACUGAGGAACCAGAGAGGACCAAAUUAAAAUAUUUUUGAUAUUAGGUCUUGUAUUUUGGAAAUAAUGACCUCUAGUUUAGAGAACACUAAUGCAGGGGGUAAUAAGAAAUAGAUAAAUAUAAUUUAUCAUCUCAAAUUAGUAUUCUUAAGUAUGUAUUCUAACAGAAAAGAUCUAUAUUUAUGGUAUGCUGGCUUUAUUAUAGUCUCAGUGUUGAUAAUGAACCUCACUUCAUUUAAACAGGUGAUAAGCUGUUUAGGGGCUUUCGGGGGGUGGGUUAUAUUUAGGUAGGGUGCAUCGUAAAGGGACGCAACGUAAUGCUGUUUUUCUUAUUUGUGAAGAUACUGAAAAGGAAAGAAAAGAGCUCCUUCUGAGCUCCUGGAGCUCUGUUAGUCUCUGUGCUGGAAGCUUGAACAUGCUGAGGUUGCCCCAACACUUAGUGUCCAUCUAGCUGCCACUACAGGCACAUGUAGUAACUAAAGGCAUUGUUUUGGUUUUCUGGUUAUCUCUAACAGUCUUCUAAAUUUAACAGGAUUAAAGGUUAUAAAUAAAGCUGCUCUUCUGGAAGCUUUCUGUGAAAUUCUUUGAAAAGGUCGGGUCUGUAGGAUCGUUUAUUGUUCUUUAGUUCUACAGAGAUGGGAUGAAGACUGAUCAUUGCUCCCUUUACCAGAUAUCUGGAUCUGAAUGAUUUUCCUUUGUUAAAUAACCAGGAUGUAAUGAAAAGUGCAGCUGUUCGGUGUUAUGGUGAGGAGAUGAUAUGGGUGACAUCACCAUGUUGUACUGAUUGGUCUGGUUGCUUUCUGCUGGAACUGUAGAUAGUAAACACACAUUGAUGUCAUUGUUGUGUCUCGUGACCCACUCUGAGGGCUAAAUGUCAUUAUGCACCAUUUUAUUUUUGCAAAUACUCUUCUAGAAAUCUAAAUGCUUUCAAAUGAACUAUGAAUGAAUUAAUUUCACACCUGCUAAACUUUCUAUAUAUGAAUGCUUUUAUAAAACUCUGGAGAACCUCUGCAACAUGCUGUACUAUUUCAUAUAUAAUUAAGUGUCUUAUUUAUAAGCAGCUCCUUUUAUUGAUCAUCAUGUGCUAGUUGUUCUUGCCUCUGUCUUACCAAAACAUUUAUGAAUCUGGAAUCAUUGUAUGUUUGCUGUUUUUGAUGUGAAAUCAUUCAAACGAAUUUAUCAUUAAUAUUUGAUUUUGACCAAGAAAAUAACAGGUUUAGUGAUAACCAGUUACUCACUCUCACACACACACACACACACACACACACACACCCCACCCCACCCAAUGAGCCAUACACAGUAGAAUCACCAGCUAAGCUAACGUGAGACUGCAAGACCCACAUGCACAGGGAGUGUGUGUACAUUGCCUUGCAGAAGUAUUCACUCUCUUGAACGUUUUCCCAAUUUGUUGCAACCACAAACCUCAGUGUAUUUAUUAGGAUUUAUAGUGAUGGUCGUUCUAUCACAUGAAUAUGAUUUGAUCUGAAGCUGAAUCCUUCUUUCUGGCUGUAUGUUUGGGCUCCAUCCACCUUCUCAUCAACUCUGACCAGCUUUCCUCUCCCUCUAAAAGAAAAGCAACUCCAUAACAUAAUGCUGCCAGUACCAUGUUUCACCAUGGGGUUGGGGAUUUGAGUGUGUUUUUCGCCGCUUCCGUGUUUUGCAUGCAGGCAGAAAAGUUCAACUAUGGUCUCAUCUGACCAGAGUAUCUUCUUAUACCUGUGCGCCUCUAGAUGUUUUUUUGUCAUUGCAAAAGUGCAGACAGGAAUCUUUAGAGUUUUCUUCUGACAAUGGGUUUCUUCAUGCCACUCCAGGCUAGGUUUGUGGAGAUCAUGACUUAUAAAUAUCCUAUUGUCAGAUGGCAAGCCUGUCAGUUUAUGUGAACAGCUAGUAUUUGUAGGUUUGCAGUUGUGCCACAAGCUUUCUAUUUUCCGUUGAUCUACUGUACUGUACUUUGAACAGUACUUUGUGAGAGGUUGUUUUCUUACCUAACUCUGCUUUAAACUUCUUUGCAAAUCUCUCCCUGACCUGUCUGCUGUGUUCCUUGUUCUUCAUGAUGCUGUUUGUUCUCUAAUGUUCUCCAACAGACCUCUGAGGCCAGAACAGAACAGCUGGGUCUAAGAAUAAUUUACACUCAGGAUGACUCUGUUUACCGAUUAGCUUACUUCUAAAGGCGGCUGCUUGCAUUGGAUUUUAUUUAGAGGUAUCCGUGUAAAAGGGGCUGAAUACAAAUGCAUGCCAAACCUUUAACCUAGUAUUUUUCCACUUCGCAAAGAUGCUCUGCUUUGUGUUGAUGUCACAUAAAAUCAUAAUAAAAUACGUUUUGUUACCAUUAAUUGUUGCAAAAUAAAGAAAAGUUCAGGGGUAUGAAUAGUUUUGCAUCGCACUGUAUUCUUCACACAGAUAGUGACUGACCCUCUAUCUGAGGGUAAACAGUGUUAACCAUCAAGCAGCUCCAGCCAAGAAUCUGGUUUGUUCUUUAAAACAGAUGUGGACCAGUUGUUGGACCGUGUUCCUGAUCGACACACACGGUAUGUCCCGGUAGAAUCACUGUGGUAUUUGUGUGCAUAUUUAUUUCAUGUUUUUGUGUUUGUAUGUUCAAACUAUCAAAAGAUGGAAUCUGAACCUUUAUGAAGUGGUAAAUUUACGGAGAAACUGAAUGAAAGUGUCGACACGAAGUUAAAUCAAUGUUUGUGUCAGAAAAUGUGAUUCAGUUCAGGUUUAUUGGUGGAAGAUAUUCUGAAUGUUAAUAUGCAUCCAACCAUUCGAUCACUUUACCUCCACUGAUGUUUGAAUUGAUGCUUUGUGUUGAAAUCAUGCACCAUAUAUAUUUCCAUCAACUUAAAUGUAUUGCUGUGAAUAAAUCAUUUCAACAAAA